CACACACACACACUCUCACACACACGCACUCAUCCACAUCUUCCUCGGAUCUGAUCGCACUCGAGUGUUUCUCACGUCUCAGCUGGAGAUGAUGCGGUUGCUACGGUGACUCCGUCAGCUCUGUGAUUGGCUCGUUCUGCUUGCGUCGUCAUGGCGAAGAGUUCAGAGGUGAAGCUUGCGGUGUUUGGCAGAGCAGGAGUGGGAAAGUCAGCACUGGUGGUUCGAUUCUUGACCAAACGAUUCAUCUGGGAGUACGACCCGACACUCGAGUCCACCUACCGCCAUCAGGCAAAUAUCGAUGAUGAGACCGUCGGCAUGGAGAUUCUGGACACGGCCGGACAGGAGGACGUGCUUCAGAAGGAGGGUCACAUGCGUUGGGGCGAUGGGUUCAUCCUGGUCUAUGACAUCACGGACCGUGGGAGCUUCGAGGACGUGGCUCUGCUGAAGAACCUCCUGGACGAGGUCAAGCGGCCCAAACACGUGCCUCUGGUGCUGCUGGGAAACAAGGUGGAUCUGGAUCACGCCCGGCAGGUGGCCACAGAGGAGGGCGAGCGGCUGGCGGCGGACAUGGCCUGUGCGUUCUACGAGUGCUCGGCGUGCUCGGAUCUGGUGGGGACGGGUGGAGGUGUGGCGGAGGCGUUUCACGAGCUCUGCAGGGAGAUCCGCCGCAGACGUGCUGUUCAGGGCAAAACCCGGCGCCGCAGCUCCACCACACACGUCAAACAGGCUAUCAACAAGAUGCUGACCAAGAUCAGCAGCUAAAGACAAGACUGCAGGACAUGAGCUUCCUCCUCAGUAUCUCCAGUACAAAGAUCUACACAUUCUUAAAGCGAUAGUUCACCCAAAAAUGACAAUGUGCUAUAAGUUUGCUCACCCUCCAAGGCCAUCCUCGCUCAGGAUGAGUUUGUUACUUCAUCAGGUUUGUAGAAAUGUAGCAUUGCAUCAGUGUCUCAUCAAUGGAUGCUAUGGAUUAUGGUAUUUGAGUUAAAAACGUCUUAAUGCUGGAUGUGUUUCAGCUUUUGUCUU